AUCCUUUGCUUUCAGAUCGGCGAGGGUGACAAGUUGAUCAACGUUGUCUUGUUAAAUGGAGAAAGACUAAAUGUUCGAGUUCAGGUAACAGUUACCAUUUAUUUGACAUCCAAUAGUAAUGCAUGUUUAUUAAGGACAAAUUGAUUGAUGAUAUCCAAAAUCGGUCAUGUGGGAGAUGCCUGAUUUGUUACAUGACAAAGCAUAAUAUUCAAGUUUUGGACAAUAGUGUAAGUUAAAAUGAGGCACGUUUGCUUUUAUUUAUUCAUUUACGUAUAUUUAUUUUAUUAUGAGGAAGGGUAAAAGGCGAGAAGCUCUUUUUUACGAGAAAGCAAGCUAUCAAACUGUUAUAGAUUCUUCUCAAAUUGUGGCAAUGAGUAUAGAUAUUUGCGCCUUAUAAGUUUUUGAAUUUGAAAUUUUUGAAAUGAGUAGAAAAAGAGAAACGAAAAGAAAGAUGAGUCUCCACGGACUGUUUUGAUUAUUUUGGUUUUUGUUUUUUUUUUAACGGGGGAAGAAGUUGUCUGAUAAGUAGGCAUGUUUUCUUGCAGGCUUCUGCCACUGGUCAAGACUUGUACAAUGUCAUCACGGAACAUCUUGGUCUUACAGAAACCAUAUUCUUUGGACUUAUGAUCAUAAAAGGUGAUUAAAACCAAUUGUGCGCUUGAGAAGUACCAAGAGACUUGCCAUAGCUCAGUUUAAAAUUCCGCACAACGAACUGAAGAGAUACUGAGACCGUACUAUUUGAAUCCCUGUUCGAAUGCUUGAACUUAAAUUCUUUAACCGACAAAGUUACCCCAGAAAGGACAUUAUUUUUCUGAUCACAUGUUUGGUUAUUAAACGUUGUCCGAGCUUUCAAAGUUCAUCUUCUAUUCCAAAGAUUGUAAAAACACAGUAUCGAUCGUUGACCGCCAUGAUUAUUUUAGAUCGUGCAAAGCACCUUAGCCUCCUAAACGUGACGUCACUCCUUCAAUAUGAAAAUAGGGAGUUUAGGCAAGGACCGGAAGUAAUUUUUCUCCAGCCACCCUUCAAUUCCUCAAGUGGAGAGUUUAAGAUACUCUGACAGCUACAGCGGUGAAAACGUCGCAUGAAAAGACGUAAGGCUCUCGUUACUGUUCAUCACGUCUCUAGUGACUACUGCCAGUCACACUUACUUCUCAUUCAUGGCAAAAUGUUGGCGUGGGGGAAGGGUAGGUGGACAGUUUUACCGAAACCUAAACUGAUCCAAAGCUUCUCGGAGUUGUAGGCUUGAAAAUUGUAACAUUUUUACUGCUUUGUGACAGAUGGAGAGCACGAGUUCUUGGACUUCAACGAAAAACUAUCAAAGCUUGCAAAGUUUGCUCCACAUCUCUGGAAAGACGACGUAAGUAUUUCCUGAUUUAUUCUGUUUUUAACCCUACAACAAAGUUGCGCCACAGCGCAUAAUAUUUAGUUAGGUAGGUAAGCUUUUUAAGAACCUAGAAAUAUUUUGAAUGGAUAAUGAGCAGUUAUUCAAUUCUUAUGCAGAGUACCUUCAACUGAUAACAUUUCUUGUACUCAGUUAUUGAUUGUCUUUUUUUCUGUACAGGUUUCGUGCAAUUCAUCGCUGGUUUUUACGAUCUUCUUCCGUGUGAAGUAUUACGUGGAGAACAUUUGUCUUUUACAGUAAGUUUCCAAGAAUAAAAGGUUUUCACUUUCAUUAAUAAAAGUUUUUUUUUGUUUGAAUGAUUAUUUCAUCUUAAAGUAGUUAAUAUGUUGCGUUUUUUGCGUUAGACAACAGGGUACUCGGCACUUGUACUACCUUCAGUUACGAAAGGAUGUCUUGGAAGGAGGGAUUUAUGUCCACGAGGAAACAGCGAUGCUUUUAGCUUCCUACGCUCUGCAAGCGGAAGUAGGAGAUUACAAUCAGACUCUGCACGGAUCCGACUACUUCGUUCCUGAGCACUACCUUCCCCAGAGAGUAAGCAAGCUUAUAGUACAGUGAAAUAGAGUUACAAAAGCCGAACAUAACGUAUUAAUUCGAACAAGCGCCCACCCACCUUCUCCCCCUCCCAUUCAUACUCAAAUAAGAGCCCACGCACCCUCCCUUCCUCCUGAGGAGAACCUGCAAUAUUAUGAGGCGAUCGGAAUUUUUCUGUGUUAUAGUUUUUGCAUGUACGAGGAAAACGGGGAAAGUGGUAGGAUCUCUUGUUAUUUGUAAAGGUCGGCAUUAUCAAGAAAUGUUGUUCCACGAAUCCGCGUGCGCGUCUGUUCUCGUAGAUUAUAGAGGGCUAUUUAGAGGGCGUUGUCCACGAAUCACCGGUUUCAACUGAUCAGACUUUUCAAAGAGAGUUUUCAACACACUUUCAACCAAACUGGUAUUUUCGUAUUUUCGACACAUUAAGAAAUGUUAGAGGAAAGCAGCAAUUGAAUGACAGAUAUCUUUUUUGGGAAGAGAAAAAAUUAAUUACUAAUGCGUGGCUCAAACGUAUCUGUAAACGAUUACCAUUGACAAUCGACACUCACAACUCUUUAGAUCUUUUUAAAAGUUUCGUCACUCAUGAAUUUCCGAUGUCAAUCGAUUUAGUUAUUACUAUGGAUUAAUUAAUUUCAUCGAUGGCGCUGCACGCUGGGAACCACGACCACGACGGAAACGAGAAAAUAAAUAAAGAGCAACAUGUUUUGUAAGCAAAACGAAAACUUUGAACGUGCAGCACACUCAGUUUAUGGCAGAUUUCUUUACACACGUUGUCAAUCUCUAAGAUCGUCUUUCAUCAAUAGCGAUCGCCGAGACUUCGAUUUCCUUGGAAAUACCCAUUGUAAGGGACUUCUCAGUUAUAGCAAACUAUUUACUAUUUUCGAUCCGACGAAUUUCCUUCUCAGAUCACGAAAGCACGUGGACUUAGUCCGCUUUCCGGCAAUUCUUCUAAGAAUCCUUACCCAUCCUUUACAUAUAAAUGUUGUAAGACAGAGGAGCUCUUAAGGGUUUGUCCACCUUUAAAACGUACUAAUACGGAGCGCUGAUGUCUCGAUACUCGCUUGUCUCAUUUUCAAGGCAAUCGCCAAACUGACAGCAUCUUCCAUCAAGAAACAACUUCCAUCAAUGCAUAAGACUCAUACGGGUCUCAGUGAUGCUCAGGCUGAGAUAGAGUAUUUGAAGGUUAGUAUGCCUUAUUUCAGCGAAGGAAAAGUGGGUAAACAUUUGGCAAUUUAGUUUACUUAGCAUGCAAAAAGAGCCGCAUUCCUUUGCUCCACGCUGGACCUUUAUCAGUCGAGAUCUAAACCAAGAGUGGCACUCGAGUAGUUUGCAAAGGAGGCCCGGACGCUCUGUUCUCUUUAUCAGCUUUAUAGGUUACUGAUACUAUUACAAAAUAUAUAUGUAAAAAACUGAUUUACCUCUGCGUCUUUGUCUGUGUUUUGCCGUUUUGGAAGGGAUUUGCAUUAAAGCGAAGGCGGUUUCUCCGUUGGAUUUCAAAACAUAAUCGCUUCAGACGCGUGAGAACCUGGAGACGAUAUUUUUAAACGUCUCAAUUUCCAACCUAUUAUCCUCUUCGUGAGAUUUUUAAGCAUUAACUAUUAACAUAGUUAAUACUUGACGAUUCUGAAGAGUCUGAAGCGACGGUGUUUUGAAGAUACCCUGUCCACAGACGUUUUUCCUAGUUUAUUUUCUGUGUUUUUCGUGACGUAUUUUGACAAUCUUUAAAGAGAAGAUAAAGGGCCUGUGAACAGGUUAACGGAGAAAGCGUCUUUGCGUUGAUGCAAAUGCCAAAACGACCAAAGUCACGAGAUAGACGCACAAGUAAAUCGUUUCUGUUUUAUUAUCAGAAACCUUCAAAAGUUUUUGAUAGUUUAGAUAAGGGUUUCCCGUAUAUUUUGAUUUAGUAUAAUGCGGAUAAACAGGAGUCAAGAUUGAUUCUGGGGAAUUAAGGAUCCGUAAUGUGGACUAAGCCGUCCGUACUUUAUUUUUUGUCCCUCAAAAAAUAUUGUUACUACCGACCACGGUAUCUGUCACUUUGAUUUUCAGGAAUUUUUUGGAUAACCUAUCUGAAGUAUUCGAAUACUGGCCUUUUGAAAACUGUAAAAUACCAAGACAUGGUUCUUUAAAUAUUCCGGGGUUGGUGGAGAGGGUGGGGGGCUAUAAUGGCCUAUACGGGGAAGCUCUGCCAGAAUAGAGUACCUUUGUCAGGCUUCAGAUGUAUGAAAGGGUAGGGUUUUCACUAGUUGAGGUAUAUAAAAGGGUAGGGAAAUCUGUCGUUUCAGUCUGUAAACAAGACCAGUUGGGCUAAUAGAUAUGAAAGGGGGUACCUCUUCUGCCAAAAAUGUUUUAUUAAAGGUUAAGGGGAUUGGACCUUUGGGCGAAGCCUCCCCGCAUAAAACGUUGGUGAGUACCACCCGGGGGCUAAAUAUGUGGGGAAAGGAGAAACUGCUAUUCCCGUCUGUUUUCUUGUUGAGGCCAAAGAGGAAUGCAGCAGAAUUUCCCGUUGUCUGUAAUGUUUUGUUUCGCGAUCUUCAGAAAUUCUAGAGCGGAAACACAGUUCGCUUUAUUAGCCGCCUGAUGUUCGGUUAAACGUCCUUUCAUUGUGAACAAAGUUUAAUCAAGCAAACUUUCCUUGCGCUUAACCAUAUUUAGGAAGCACAGAAACUACAGGAAUAUGGGAUUAUCUUCAACAAGGUGUCCAAGGUAACAGAAAGAUUUUUUUUAAUACUCACUUAAAUUAAAAACUAGCUUAAUAGGAGCUUUUUUAGGAAAUACAACAAAUAUCACAAUACAAUGAUAUGUUGAUGAAAACAUUCACUGUUUCAUAAGUGUACCAGGAUCAGUUUUCUAUAAGGAUAUGAGGAUGAUUUUCAAUUGCAAAUAGACCCGAAAUAAAUUUCGUGACUAUAACUGGAUUCGAACCCAUGGCCUUGCGUUAGCCCCUGCAGUGCUCUGCCCUUUGAGUUAUGAAGACCCAUACAUUGGGAGAAGGCCAGUUUGUUGAGUUCAUCUUAACCCGUGAAAGGAGUGAAACAUGAAGAUGAUGUGAACUGCGGAAACCAAAAAAAAUUCUGUUGAGGAAAAACUUUCAAGAAUGCUAAUUUAAUUUUAUCAAUGCCGUUACAAUUGUGUACUUCACCGUUACCCCCAAUAUGUGUUAGCAGACCUGGUGAAGUAGGGCUAAUUUGAACGAUAAAAGCAUUAUUAUACAUCCAAUUACUUCGUGGCUUUCUUUAAACUCAAAACGGUAUUCGAUUGACGCACAAAACUGUGUUAUGUUUUGCAGUACAAAAAGGACAAGAGAGGAGGUUUUAGUUUAGGAAUAAGUGUACGAGGUCUUAUUGUCUACGAGGUAGGUUUAUCGUAUUUUUCGUUUUCUAAUUCCUAAUAAAGGAUUAAAAAAAUUAUAAACAAGCAAUUUCCACCCCUCCCCCUACCACCAUCCCCCAAAAUUUACUAAUUCAGACUUAGUGUGACAGGUGUGUGAAAGUCAAACCCUUGGAAACACUCAGGAUCAAAAAUAACAAACCUCUUUCCUUUAGCCUGUGUAGCAGUCGUUCCAGUUUCCUUUGUAUAUUGAGCCAAGCGGGAAAAACGAGACGUGCUUGCCCACUUGGUAAAGGAAAGGGAGACGACUGCUACGCAGGCUUCAAUUUCUAGUCGUCAAAAUCGCCACUUUCAAAGGGCCUCUUUGCCAUUUCAAUCGACUUGUAGGUAAGGCCUUACGGAUUUUUCGCCCAAAUCGCUACUUUCAAAGAGGACCCUUUACCUCUUUAUUUGACUUGUAGGUAAGGCUUUGAGGAUUUUUCGCCAAAAUCAGAAGUCAAAAUCAGGCGCCACUUUCAAAGGGCCUCUUUGCCAUAUCGUUUAAAGUUUAGUUAAGGCUUUGGCGACUGUUUGCCAGAUUCGUCGCCAUGUUCGCCAUUUUCGCCACUCUCAACGGGAACCCUUUGCUUUUCAUCGCCAAACUUUGGCAAAUUUUCACUACCUUUUUCAUUGCGUGUUUUUCUGAACAUAAGUGAACAAUUAUAGGUUUAGCAGUCUAUGUAACUUGGAUAAUCCCUCGUAUUGUUUCCCAGACUCAUGAGGCAUGUAUUGUUGAUAACCAGUGUGUUUUUCCUCGUCAUAUUUACUGAUAACACAAUCCUGUCUUUGUUUAAGGAAAGAGGGAUCGUUAAGAGCCCAACAUUUCGUCAUCCGUGGCAGAACAUCAAAAGAAUGGCUUUCCACGUUAGUACAUUUAUUUAUAUUUUUGAACCUGAAUACCAAUAGUUUAGUAAUCACUUAACGUAUCUACGUUGCCUAAAGGUUGUUUUUGUUAUUUUAGUUUUCGUCGAUAGUUGUCUAAUAAGGUUUUUCCUCAUUCGGACAUAUGUUUGAAGUUCAAGCUUUAACUGCGCCCUGCAAUGUACUGACCACCCGCUCGGAGACUGGGUCUGGUGAUUUCACUUCCGGCAUUGCCGAAACGAAGCUCGCGCGUUUGAUUGGCGAGUUUGCUGUUUCAACAGACCUUUAUUCACGAUGCCCGCUAUCUUUGCACGCGCUUAAGGACCGAUGGGACAAAAGCAACGUCAGGGGGUAAACAAGUGGGAAAAUCUACCGAUAAACCAGAAAUUGUGCUCGAGUUCUUUUAUUCUAGACAACAGAAAAUGAAGAACUUUUUAUCUUAAAGACGAUGAUGGCAAGUUAUGGGUGAAAGUGAUUAACCUAAACAAACUAACUCGUUGACUAACCCAACUAACUCGUCGCCUUCUUUUGAUACAAGACCGCGAUUACACAUACUGGCAAAUUUUAUCGCUUGUUGUGCCCUCCCCCCCCGAAAUACCACGUGACGUUGCUUUUAUCCCUUUAAGUGUGCCGGAUCCGGACCUUGAGAUAAGGGGGAAAGGAGGGGGCGGGGGGCGGCGUUCUCCCAGACCCUGGGAUAACAGGGGAACCCGGUCUCCAAAAAAUUAAUUUCGGUCCCCCGUUUGGUCUAAAAAUAAGGGGGGGGGGGCGGGCCCCCCAGGCCUCUCCCCUGGAUCCGCCACAGGUAUCGUGAAUAAGGUCUGCUAUGUUGUGAUCAAUGAUUAAAUCAAUCUAAUGUUACUUUUACAGUCAAUAAUAAAUCCCCUUCCAUAAAAAUUGUGUUUAUACUUUUCACCAUUUCGUCCUCGAAACAGGUCUAUUGUUAUGGGCAAUUUCUUGUGACGAAGUUAAUUCUCGUUCUUUUCCUUAGCGGAGACGUUUUUAUAUCGAAGCGCACGGGGAUCCCGAGACGUCCAAGAUGGUCCUGUACACAUGCAGCUACAAGAAGUAAGUCUAUGAGAAUUCAGCAAAACGUUUUGAUACCGGGAGCGCUGUUGUACCUAAUUCUGCUUGCAGUCGUUUGUACUGUUAACAGGGUAGUUAUCAAUGUAGUUUGAGUUUUGGCUUCAACUUUUUUCUUGCCAGGAGUACAUUAAUUUUCGUUGAAAAUGGAUUAGUACUACAGGGUUCAGUUGCAUAAAAGCAAACGUGCAACAACGUAAAAAGCAAAUUUCUGCAAGACACCGCAAAGUUUGUCUAACGUUUGCUUUGAAGAAAAAAAAUAAUAAAAAAGCGCACCCAAUGGCAACUUGGGUGAAUAGGACUGGCAAUUAUUUUCACCAGAACAAUAACACUCCAUUAGCUUUACUGCGUCAGCCUGUUGCUCAGCUUACUAAGUUUCUUUGUUAUACAUUCUUGGUCGUUUUUGAUAGGUCGAGAUAUUUGCUUAAAAUGUGUACGUCGUUCUACAAGUUCCAAAUGAUGAUGGGAAUGAAGUUGACCAGUCUAAAGGAAUAUCCCAGAGAUGGAGGUAAACCUGAUACCUUGAUCAGUCUGCAGUUACCACAAUUUUAUAUUGACGAUCAUGACAUACUAUCUCUUCUUUCUUGAUGAUUUGGAUCGGUUAUAGUUACAUUUUCUCCAUGCUUAUUGAGCCAAUAUUAUUGAGUAGCUUAGAAAAACAAAAUAAUAAACUGAGAUUCGACGUUGAGUUUCUCAAGGCCUCUUGCACUUGAUAAAAUUACGGUACACGUUGAGGUUGUCCACGCAACACCAUGAGAUCCUGUGCGCGGUGUUGGGAUUAUGUCACGUGCUUAAAAUGGCCACUAUAUAGGAUCCAUCCACCAUGCUGGAUUCCCGUCAUAACGGAAAACUAACUAAAAGCUAUAAAAAAUAUUUGAGCAAAAUAAAUAUGAAUAUUCUAAAACCAUCUUAAACAUCUGCCUUUAGAAAGUUACUUUUGCAACAUCAGUUUAAAAGUCAACAUUUAGGCCAGCGUAACUUGCUUGUCAACAAUAGUUUGCUGUGGAAAUUAAUAUGAUUUCAACCAAACACUUUCAAAUUUCAAAUUCCAACGCUUACGGAUAAAAUGUUUUACUAGUGGAUAUUGGUCAAAGAGUUUACAAAGUUUCAAACUCAGCUAUGUGGUCACACCUCGCACCCCUGGUCUGAUAGCAGGGAGCUUAAGCAACAACGCCGGUGACGGCCACGAAAACGUCACUCACACUGAGUGAAUUCGCGCUUCUUCGAACUUACGCCAUCUCGGUCAGUUGGUCAAAUGUAGACAGAUUUUUCUGGAGUUGAAUUCUGAAAGACUGUAUUGAAGUUCAGGAAAAGAAAAGUAGUGUGUUAAUGUCUUGUGUUCACGUCCUCAAGAAAAACGUGCACGUCGUAGUCGUGCGGUGAAAUGUAAAAAAAGGCGUGAUGCACGUACAAAGUUGUUGUUUUUCCAAUCUAAACCUAUUGCCUUUUUGAUGUUCUCGUUGCCGUCGCCAUCGUCAUUGCUGAAGCUCCCUAGUGUUAAAAGAAUUGUGCUCGCGUCUUGAACGCUAAAUUUCGCUCCUCAACUUCACAGCUGUUAGGAUGAACGGUGUUGUCAAGACAGACGAAACGGACUCUGUUGCAAGCAUGCCAGUUUCGACAGCAGACAAACCUGGGCACGAGUCAGCGGUCAUACAGCCGCAAGGAAUUGGUCCUGCGAUACAUCUCAAUGGCUCUUCUGUCCCAGUGCCAGAGGAUCAACCGGUCCAGGUCGGUUCUUUUACGGAUAACUUCGUGAAUCAUUCAAUAUUUGCAUUGGAAAGUUUUGUUAUUUCUCUGGUCUGGAUCGUUUCACAAACGUUUGGUUUAACAAUGCUAACCAAAUCGAGUAUAUCUCAAUAUCAUAAAAUAUAGCGAUUACACCUUUUGCCCUUCAUUACCAGGAAAUACUGAUAUUUAAAUUUGCGUCAAAAUAUCAGCCGAUAAAAUGAAUGUGUAAUCAUUGCAGAAUAAUGAACUAAUAUCUUAAUUUUCGUGUGGUUAAAAAAGAUUUUACUUAGAGAAGGACAUUCAAUAAUGCCAAUAAAUUCCGACUUAACUAUAGAAAUGAUGAUCAUUCGAGACAGUAAAGAAACAUUUCCAUCUAAAUGUCCGUUAACGCUAAUACAUCAUCAUUAUCAACAGUGAUUAUUAGUGUUCCAUGUGGUUGCUUUUCGAGUUUUGAGUUGCGUGAACCCAAACAACUCUGGAUGUUACUGCGUUCGUUAUUUCUAUUCAUCUUCCUGCUCCCUGAUUUUACACUAGAUCUAUUGACUGAAAAUUGUGCGCAUCACUUGUUUAUUUUUGCAAGCACGGUAGCAAAUUUCAUCGAAAUGAUUGCCACUUACGCGUCACUUCUGCAAUACGAGUUUUACGGAUAUUCUAAAAUUCGGUCACGAAUUUAAGCGUUUCUCCAAAUUCAACGCAAUAUUGGCAAGAUAAUGUUCGUCACAAUAAUAGUUGUUAUUGAUAUUCUAUUCUCAUAAACGAACAUUCACCAAAGGAAAAUGAAACUUCAUUCGCACUUAAGAAUGUUGUCUUCGAUAAAACGCUAUAGAAAUUGGCCUUAAUAAUUGUUCUUCUUGAUGCAAAAAAAUUAAGGACUAUGCCACAAAACUAAAUGUUUGCUUCCUUGGCUACACUGUUUAGGCAUAAAUUAAAAUGAAUAAUAUUUUCUUGUUAGAAAAAAAUUAUUUCCCGGUAAUAAAGGGCAAAAGGUGUAGUUUCCACCUCCACCCCUCGCCCCCCCCCCAAAGCCAAAAGAAGAAAAAAAUUGCGUUGACACUGGGGAGAGUGAAGCAUGCGCGCAACACUGAUACUGUCUGCUUAUUUUAUAAGGGGAAAUUGGCUGCAUUGAACAAAUUUAAAAGCUAAAACUUUACAUUCGUAAUUCAUAAUUAUUUCUAUUGGCCAAUUAUUCUCAAGUUUAUAUAAUUUCUUAUUUUCUAGAUUUUCUAGUCAAUAAAACUCUUGCAAUUUCCAUCCUAUCUAAAUCAGGUCAGUGUUCAUCCCGUUCAGCUACAGAAAGUCGAGGGAAGUCUGGGCCUUAAUAUAAUAGUGAGUACACAGCAUCUGGUAAAAUAAUAUGAAGUCCUAAAUGUUUUCCCAGUAAAUAAAUGAGUAUAAAAUAUAUUAAAAAGCAUUAAUUUUGUAAAGGUCUGCGUGUUAAGGCUACUUUGAAAGUCAACAUACUUACUAUAUGGUCGAGUUUAGUUUCAUUGAACCUUUUUUGCCCCCUUCUCAUUACGACCACUGGGAUUCAUAUGUUUACAUCAACGUUCAAUCUGCAGGGUGGCAUAGAGCUGGGAGGAAUUUACGUGAAGACGAUGGCCCCAGAAGGACCAGCAGCUCUCAGCGGAAAAAUCAAUAUAGGUGCGUUAAGAAAUCAAUAUUUAUUCUUCUUCUAAUUAUUAUUAUUGCUAAAAUUAUUAUUAUUAUUUUUAUUUAGAAAUGGUCUAAUCAACCUUGUCCCCAGAGGUUUUCCUUUAUUCAAUAGGAGAGCCCCAUCCAUUUUAAAAGGGUUCUCUAAAAGUCUUGGGAGCGAGGUUGAAAUGCUACCUUGCCAAUCGACGACUAUGCGGUACCUUUACAACGCUUAAAACGAGAUAGCACACCAAGCCCCUUGCGGAGCUCUUACAGAUGAUCUGGGUGAUCAACCGUUCUGACACCUAGAUGAUUAAGCUAGAUGGAUUAUUAAGUUGUGAGGACACUUCCUUUGCCUCGUCCAUUUUUCUGACAGUUCUUGUUUGAUGAGAGACGAGCCUGCAAAUUCUGAGGGAGUUGAGUCUUAAGCCAAAAAUUAUGCAGCCUGAUUUUUUGUUAUUUACUUUAGUCUUACUUGUAUUUUAUUAUUUAUUCCAUAUCGAAGCUGACUUUUGGUGAAUUUCGUCCUAGGUGAUAGAAUUUUGGAAAUCAACGGUCACAGUCUCGAAGGAUUAUCAAGACAAGAGGUAAAAUACUUUGAAAAUCCACAGGUUGAUGUAGAAGCUUACAAUUCUCUAUUUAAAUACACUUGUCAGGGGGUGGAUACAGGUUUUUUUUAACGGGGGUGCACCAUUGAGGAAGAGCAAAACUGACUGGUGACGUAAACAAAUUUUAAAAGCGAUUUCGACGAAGGCUUUUGACUUGGCAAUAACAUAAUGUGAACUGAAUGUAAACUGCUGAGAAUACAAAUAUAUCAUACAUAUCUGCAUAUUUUGCGGAAUACCAGUUGUAUUAGAGAGCCGAAGGUCAUCUGGGGGGGGGCAACCCCUGCACCCUCCCCCUAGAUCCGCCCUGCUUUUGCAACUGAUGCCUUGUAGGGGAAGUUGUUUGAAAUUUAGGCCCCGUCCACAAGAAUACACGCAGGAUUUCACAAAUCGCAAGUCUGUCGCAUCAAAAAAAAAAAAAAAGGAAAAGUAAACAAACAAAAACUCUGGAGAGCGGAUAAAAAAAAAGCGGUCUCGGUGAGUGGGUGGAGUGGCUGGUUUUGUGUGGACAGAGGACUGAUUCAUGUCAGAAAAUAUGAGGUUUCAAAAAAAUCUGGGUUAGUGUGGACGGCACAUUGCGGGCCGGAAUGUUGUUGGUAAACCUGUCAGUUGUGGAUGGUUAUAUUUACCAAUUACGAGAUGUACGGUUAUAGUUGUUCAUUGGUUGUCUUUGCCACAAUCCUUUAUUUCUUGUCAAAGACAUGUUUGAUAAUGGUUGUUCACUAGUUUUCUUUGCCACAUUCCUUUACCUCUGUAGGCGGUUAACAUUCUGCGGACAGCUCCUUACGUUUGCACUUUGUUGAUCGAAAGCUGUGUCGCCGCUCCAGCCACGCCGAACGGAAAGCCGGCAAUGCCAGGAACCCAGGCUGCGUCAGCCUUUUAUCAGCCGAAUAGACAGCAGCAGAUGCAGAGUAUGAUGCAACGACAACCCUCUGUAGAGUCGCAGUACUCCUCAAUGCAGCAGCAGUUCGUUCCAAGUCAAAGUCAGCAGAUUGAAGACAUAGUUACCGUGAGUAACAGUACGACUAGCUUAGACCAAACAAAACGACUUAAUGAUGAGGGAACGGUAGUUCAACCCUUCAGGGGGAAUACUGCUUUUGUUUCUGCUCAGAUCAGGGCAAGGGCAAUGAAAAAGAAAUUACCAAUGGGAGACAAAGCUUCCCUCGAGGCUGCAGCUGUGACUGACAGCAGGGAAGACCGUUGGGAUGAUUUGCCAAGGGAGGGAGAAACACGUAAGGGAGAGGAAGCCAACGUGAUUAUUGUGGAACAGAGCAGCCCCACGUGGCUAGCAAACCAGAGGAAAAGUAGUGUAGAGGAACCCUUGAUAGAUGAAAAUUCACAAUUACUGAGUACACCUGAACAAAAAGGCGUGGCAGUUAAUGAUGAUUCAAAUGUGGCUGGCUUUUUCAGAAAGAUUCAAUCGUUUCUAUUUUCUCCCAGCCCGCCAAAAGUAAAAAAUUCUGAAGAGUCAGAAUCUUCUUGCUGUGAAAGCGACUUUGAUUCCGAGUUUAGUGAAAUGACUUCGGAGUCUUUUAAUGUGGGGGAGAUCGAAGCCAUAAGAGAUGAACUUGAAACUUUGUUGUUAAGCGGCCCCCAAGCUCCAGAAUUAUUCAUUCGCGACAAGUCUUUCAGUGAAAAGCCCCCGAGGUCUGCGGAAGUAAUGACUCCGCAGGAACCAUUCCAGGAGUCCCCACCCUUAGUACAAGAGGCUCUAACUUUAAGCGUGCCAGAAGCAAAGGAAGUGACACAUAAAAAUAACGGGGUAGAGGAGAAUGAGGAAAGUUCCAUCGAAUUAAUUGAAACUGGGGACAAUACGCCAUUUUUGGCUGAAGGAGGAACUGAAAUUCACGUUGAUGAAGGGAAAGAUCAAGUAGUAAAUACUAGCGAGGACAAUAAAGAUGGUAUUAGAGAUGCUGAUGAAAAAAGGUCCCUAAUCUAUAGAGCAACUAGCUUCUUUAAGAUCAAGAAGGAAACUACUGUUUAGAAACUGACUUAACAGUCAAUAAGUAUGGCUGUAGUCUCUGCCAUCAGAUUUGAACUCAGUGUAGUGCUAGAGGAGAUUGUUGGGUAGAAACCCAACCAUUUUAGAUCAGUCAGUUGUUAAUAACUAAAUAUAAAUUGUACACGAUCAGGCAUGAACUCAGGAGAGAGAUAAGGGGAUAAAAAGCUUAAAAUUUAGCGAGCAAAGGAUCAGAAAUGUAAUAGACAUAUCGGAGCGGAUGACAUGCUUUCUUUACCUUCACGUUAUGAUACCUAUUUAUACCUCUGGUAUGCUUGUGUAUUGUACGUUGUAUUUGCUUGUGACUGAGAUACUCAAGGAAGUCAAAAGUCAUCAGUGGUUAGGUUUUACCUUUCCGAACUUUGAAGAGUAAUACGCAGUACUAAAAGAUUUAAAAAGGUCAUCAACUUUGGCCGUUUGGGUUCGUUAUAUAUAGACAUGAUACUCAGAAUGCUGAUUAUAACACAUCAAUUAAAUUUGUCGAGUACUAAAUAACUUAAAAUAAUUGGAGUCCAGUAGUUGGAGUUCCUUUAAAGGAUUUCCUUGUUUUUAAUGGACAGUGUACUUCAAAGCUGGGGUCAAUUUAAUAAAGCUUUUACAAGUGUAAUUUACAAGUGUAGCUUUUUUUUAGGGUACAAAACAAUAGCCACAAGUGAAAAUUACAUUUGUAGAAGUUUUAUUGAAUUGGCCCCAUUUGCGGAAUAAAUGAAGUAAUUCCAGUACAUUGUAUCGUAUCAGCUAUGCUUCAAAACGAAGAAUUGCUAAUGUUAUUUGUGCAACAAUAUGGAGUGUGACGGUAGAAAAAAGUCAGUCCUUUGGGUAGACAGCUGAAUUGAGUAGUUUCUAGAUUCUGACUAUUAAAUAAAUGCAAAAAUAUUGAGAAAUUUAGAAAUUAGGCUAUUACCUAAGCAUAUCUUGAAAUAGUAAAAUAAACUUCGUGUACCACUAAAACGAACUCCUGUUUUGCAUUAUAUUUCGUGUAAAUUAACAUUAACUUGUCAGAUUUGUAUUUGGAUUUCGACUAGCCCGACUCCAUUACAGUAACUUCAAUGAACACAGAGGCAAUCAAUAGUAAUGGCUGCGGACAUUUGUGAAAGUCCGAACCAUUCAUUGACAUUUCAUUAAGCCAGCACGUUUGACCUCUAACAAAACAGUUUAAACUUCCCCUCUCGUCUGCUAGCAAAUUAGCUUCCAAAGACUUUGUCAGGCUCUGCCAAAAUUGGAUGACGUUAUCACAUGCGUUAUAUUCUAAGGCGAUAUUGUUAGUUUAUCUAGCGUCAAUUAUUUUUAACCCACUUUGACGCAUUUCUUUAGCAGGUGCGAGGAGAUUACUGAAAUGUCUCAACAGUAAAUUGUAAAUAAGAGUCAGUGACGCAAGCCCUGUAUUUAUCAAUUUUGUCUUUAUUUGUUGCAAACACACAAAGACACAAUAAACCAAACAUUAAGAAAUACUUAUGUAAAUUAAAAUAAAUAAGCAAAAAAAUAAACAAAAUAUACAUUCUGUGUUGAAAAUAAGGGAGGGUUGAAGUUUCUUACAAACGGCGUGAAAUUUCGGUUGACUGCAAAAUAUCAAUCCGUAAAUUACUUCAUUACUCGCGGUCAUACUUUUUGUCCAACUUUGUGAAACUAGACUAAUGUGAAUAUUUUUUUCAGGAGUACAUUCCUAUUGAAAUUCCUAAACUCAACGGAAGUUUUGGCCUUAAUGUAACGGUAAGAUUGAAUUGAAAUUCUGGAGAUAUGUUAGUAGGCUCUCAUAUUUCACUAUCGUUAUGCAAAAAAACUCAUUCUUUUUUAACUUUUUAACUUGAACUAAGAAAUUACUAGGUGUUUCUUAUAGCUAUGUUACUUUUCAAAGGAGACUUUUUCUCUUGAUAUUGACUUGAUUCAGAAAUUAGCAUUUUUGAAAGUAAACCUUUCUCCAAAAAAGGAAAGUGCUUCUUGUCUCUACUGACUCAAUCCUUGCAAAAAUAACAAUACAGUGGAACAUCGAUAUAACGAAGUGCUAAGGGACUGGCAAAAUUUGUUGGCUAUAAUGAGCUUUCGUUAUAUCGAGGUUCUUUUCAAUACAUUUUACUACUAGUAUGGGGUAAAGAGAUCUUCGUUCGUUAAAAAGAGGACUUCGUUACAUAGAGGUUCGUCAUAUCGAGGUUCCUCUGUAGAAGAAAAAAAAUGUCUGUCACUAAUUCACGUUUUCAAAAAUGUAGGCGAACAAUAUGUAAUCAUGUCAGUUCUCUCCACAAAUCUCAGAAAGUAGCUAUAUUCUAAUAAUUCAGGAAUUAGCAAUUCUGAGGUUUUUUCUUUCGGAAGGCGCCACAAUCAUUUUCAUCCGAUUCAUCGGCCCUAAAAAGAAAACCACAACUAAGUUGUCGAAAAAAUCAUUAACUAUUUGUCCCAGUGAGUCCAUUAGUCAAUCUAGAUAAAGGGCAUUAGUGCUGAGACAAACAUUGUUUCAUACCACGCCUAUGAGAAGCCGAGACUAAUAAUAAUCAUGAUUCUCGCCGAAACUUUCUACAAAUCUCAUAUCUUCAGAGCUCUUGGGAAUCUAAUGGCAAUUUCCUUUUAAACACAGGUGUUAUUAUACCGCCUCUAAGUUUUGAAUAAUUUACAAAACGUGUUUUCAACUUAAUAAGAACGACGAAAACUUUAAAUUAGAUUUUCGCAAUGCACAACCAUUACGUUCGAGAGAUUUUUAGCCCACGGAAAUUCCCCAGCAUUUGUCACUUGAGCAUAGUUCUUGCUGUAAGAAUUAUUAAAUUCUUUCUUAUAUGUGAUAACUAAAAUGUUCGUAAUAUUCAAGUUGUGCAUUGUUAUUUUAGUGAAAUAUUGUUUUCCAGGAAAGUGUAGUUUGGAUAUUGAUCAGCGGGGUUUCUCGAUGAACUCUUUAUUUCAAUUCUUUUUUUUUUCCUGCACGUCAUCAAUAAUUAAUAACUGGCGACAUUAAAAACAAAAAUAACCUUGAUUUUCGGUCCACAACAAUGUUGAAGAAAAAAAAACCUGAAAGAGUUGGUAUAAUAACACGUCCGCGUCCUCCCUAAAAACGCGUCAUUCUUAACCAUUUAACUGUUUCGAUGUUAACGGUUCUUUAUUUCUGCACUAGCUUUAACUCGAAUCAUGGGCCCAAUGCAAAACUUUCGUAAUAUUUUGCUUUAUCCAGUCGAAUAAUUUAGUUAAAUAGCUAAGGAUGUUUUGAUUCUUGUACAUGUCUUCCUUAUUCUUUCUAUAAUAUGUUAUAUAUGUUUUCUUUUUCAUUCUUAUUGUAUGCUUCUCUUUUUUCAAAUUUCAGGGAGGACCUGAACUCGAUGGCAUUUACGUGAAGUCUCUUCUUCCAGGAGGAGCCGCAGAAGCAUCGGGAAAAAUACACAAUGGUUUGAAACUUUUUUCUACUAAUUGAUUCAGUGAUUGAACAAACACUUACUUUCAAAUAGAUUGAAAAAGCACUACAUUCAUUGAAAAUGUGGCAGAAAAGUUCGAAAGUAAGCUAUAAAUUGACUGAAAAGUUUUACCUACCUCUUUCAUGAUUAACUGUGGGAAAAGACAUUUACCAUGAUUGUUUCACUUCUCAGUGUACCCUUAGGAACUUCUUCUGUUUUCGUAGCCUCAAACAGUUAAGACUUGAACACUAAAAAAUUUAUUCUCAUAUUGCUGGUAAUUAUAUUCCUACUCAACGAAGAUGAUUGGGUGAUUUUUCAGCGCGAGGGGAAUUUGUUAUUUAUUUAACCAUCACAUUUUCAAUCAAAGUACCAAUCAGGUACAAUAGCGUUCUUCAAUCAUAUGCUUGUUGUCUUUGAUUGGCCACGACAUUUUUGCAUAACGUAACAGAUGAUCUAUUGAUCUUACGAUCGUCUAUUCUUCAAGAGAAUCGCUGAAAAUAUUUUGAUCUCCCUUUUCGGUUGUGUCCAUAAAAUGUUGUAGUUAUAUAAGCAAAGGCGAUAAUAUAUGAUUACAUAGUCCCUUUUCAGGUUUGUCAGACCGUUAUCCAUUAUUGACAAAGAUGUUGAUUGACUCUGCCAACUGACAAUUGAGAAGAGUACCUUAAAGCAACUAUUAAAAUGACUGACGUUAUAAUAUCUAACGUCAAUUAUACUUUUAGGGUUAGGAGACAUAAUGCUUGUAUAAUGGCUAAAAAAUGCAUAUAACUGAUAAGCAUUCCAAUGGCAUUAUCGUAGACACAUUCCUUUAGUAUGCACAAUUGGGGCCUUUAGAAAAACAGUUAUCAAGUAGAGAGCGGGGUCAGCAUCUUUCAGUUUAUUACACACUGUAAUUUUCAGUACAAAGAUAAUUGUUUAGAGCUCGAGAGACGAUGACAUGGUUGGGCAUAGUUUGUUGAGAGAUAUAAUUGUGUACGAUACAAUCGCCCUUUUACGUAAAGAGAAAGGAAAUGCCCUCUUGUUCAAUGAUUUAUUGAACAUGUCAUUAUUACUGUUUUACCAGGUGAUAGAAUAGUGGAAAUAAAUGGAGUUUCAAUGGAGGGCUUAAAUCGAAAACAGGUAGGAUAAAAAUGCCUAGUUUUACGGUAAAUCAUCUAUUAGUAAUCACUCAAGUACACUGAAGAUGGCAGCGAAGCUUCAGAUGAAAAGAACCACCCUGAAUAUAAAUUUUGACAAGAAUUGCGAUGAUGAUGACGAGGAUGAAUAUUGCCACGUAAUUUUGGGUUGAUAACUUUGACUUGUAAAUAUGUUUUGUAGAUUCAAACGCCUUGAUAUAAAUUGGAAUCCAAAAUGCAAUAAUUGAGUAUGUAAGGCCUGGUUCAGACGCCUUACUUUUCAUGUGCUGAACCUAACUGAAUAAGUUCGACUUUGGAGCGACAAUGGCGCGACAUCUGAUUCAGACGGCUCACCGUGUGUCGAGUCUAAGUUAACGUUUGCCGCAACAAACGCUUUUGCCAAAUUGAUUCAGACGCCGCUUUUUUGCCGUACUUAAUUCAUCAGUUAGGUUUGGCACAUGAGUGGAGAAGCGUCUGAACCGGGCCUAACACUAAGUAAAUUCACAUCAAUUUCUACGUGUUGAUUAAAAUAAUGGCGUUGGAAACUAAUUAUAAAAAUACAUAUAAAUAAAAACACGGUUAAUUAAAUACCUAGUAGGUAUCCUGUGUCCAUUUGAAAUUCACCUGACACCAACCUUCACGUAGCCUGCGCGCAGACGAAAUUAAACUCUGGUUAACUCCGUCUGCGAAACAGCGCCGAAAUCCUUGUUCUGGACUUCCAGCUGUGUACCCAGAUUUGAGUACGCGCCAUGAUUGGCCAGUUAAAAAAGGCCUUUGUUUUGUUUGUCGUGAUCGCCAAUCAGGUUGAAGGGGAAUUCGAAACGCACUUCCGGUAAUUCGUUCAGUCCGUUGGGGAUCCAGAACAAGGAUCUCUGCGCUGCUACGCAGACGGUACUAAUCAGAGUUUAGUUAUCGUCUGCACGCAGGCUAACCUUCACGUGACCCUUGAAAUAAGUAAGUAAGUAAAUAAAUAAAAACAAAAAUAAAUAAUUUAAAAAGUUUCAACAUUUUGCGUACAGGCCGUUGAGUUGCUCAGACGUUCUGCUGCCACAGCUACACUAGUUAUUGAGCGCUAUAAGCAGCCAGAACCGGAAGGACCUUAUUUGGAAAAUGUUGAGGAUCUUUUAGCGAUAUCGGUAAGGUUGCCAAUUUUUAUACUAGAUCUACGGUGUAUUACGGGCAACAAAAACCUGCAACUUGUUUUGCAACAUUGCUGCAAAACGUGUUGAAAAGAAAUGUUGCACUUUUUAUCACCCAAGUUCAAACAAUAAAGGUUGCUGCAAGUUGUGUGAAUACUGACUUCUCAUUGGAUAAAAAUACGCAGGAGUCACGCCAUACAUGGGAGUGACGUCACUUGCUGCAAAACAAGUUUGCCUUAGCUUGGGCCCGUAAAACACGUAACAUGUACAGAUUUUGUUGCAAAAAGUAGAACUAAUCUCUACUUUCUGCAACGACUUUUCGCAACCUGCAACAACCAUACAUUUGAUUUUAUUUUAUUGUGUUUUGAAGUAAGAGUACGAUAACAUGCCCCCGGGUAGCUAAGCUAAUCUAGUUGGGUCAUGUUUACAGAAAAUAAACUAAAUACAGCUAAAAGUUGCAAGACAGGUUUUAGUUUGAAGGUGAUUGGUAAAACUAGCAUCGUCGCAUUUCAACUCGUUUUGCAGCAAUGUUGCAAAACAUUACAAGCCGCAGGCUCGAUUUUCGGGGGAUUGCGACGUUCAGCGUCGCAAUCUUCGCAUAUUUCUGAAGGGCGAGGCGCCAAGUCUAUUGUUUUGAACCAAGGGUUAUAUUACAUCAAGAGACCCUGAGCCUAUCUUAAAGCUGUCAACGAUGUUCGUUUUAUUGAGCAAUCUUUCAUCUUCGACACUUAAUCCAGUUUAUCUUAAGUGGACACCCAACCUAGUUGCUAUUCAGGUGCACUGUCGAAAGCAUAAUAUCAAAUAGACUUCAAAAAUACUACAUUGGAGCUUCACUCUUCGUCUUUAAUUUUAGCCGACCCACUCAAUAAACAAUAAAUAAGAACAAUAUUACCGAAAAAUAAUUACAACUGAGAACUUGAUGAAUAAACAAUGAAAACAACAACUCAAUUAUCUGUCAGGGAGAUCACCCGCCAAAGCGGAUACCCGCGAGGUUUGUUCGGUUUCAACACAGACGGUGGAAAUUUUUACAACCCUAGUAUAAAUCUGGCCUAAUUGUCACAUUUGAUCGAAGAGAGAUAUUUACGCAAAAAAAAACUAUCACAGUUCACAAAUGAUUUAGACAUUAUCUUAAUAUUUUACCUUAAACUGUCGAAAUUAAAGUAUUGCCGCCCGCGGACAAAACUAGCUUUUUUCCGGUUUCCGGUGUACAUCAAACACAGGCAUCACGCUGAAUAUUAUCCAGACUGAGAGCCGUAGAUCAGAAAAAAAAUCACAAUGACUAAAUUUUGCUUUUGAAACCAACACCACUCGUCGUAAGAUUGGGCGCAUCGCAUAAGAGCUAAAGACUUAAGAGGGAGAGAAAAUAAAAAUCUACUGAAUUAUAUACACUAACAAAAACAAAAUAUGAACAAAAACAACAACUCUGUAACGACUAGCUAAAACACGAUCGAUUCAAGCUGUGACUUACUUUAUACUUUAUCACAGCUUCUUAAGAAUGGGCGCGCUGCCUGUAAGCCAUUAGGAAGAGGAGAGAAAAAUCUACCGAAUUAUACAAACUAAAGCAAUGUAAAAAAAGCUGCAUUUACUAGCUAAAACACGACCGAUUUUAGCUAUGUACUAUUCACUUUAAGAAAAUCUCCCUUCACCUCUUAAACUUGGGCUCGCCGCCUGUAAGCCAAAAGGGAGAGGAGAGAAUAAUCUACUGAUUUACCAAACUAACACAGCGUAUAAAAACUGCAAUUGGCUAGGUAGUAAAACAUGAUCGACUCAAACUACGAAUGUUUCAAUCUAAAAAAAUCUCUCUUCACCUCUUAAACUUGGGCGCGCCGCCUGGAAGCCAAGGGGGAGAGGAAAGAGUAACCAAACUAACACAGCGUAUGAAAACUGCAAUUGGCUAGCUAGUAAAACAUGGUCUAUUCAGGCUACGAGUUUUUUACCGUUGAAAAAAAUCUCUCGUCAACUCUUAAACUUGGGCGCGCCGCCUGUAGGCUAAGAGGGAGAGGAGAGAAAAAAUUACUGAAAAAAUUACUGAAUUAUCCAAACUAACAACGCAUGAAAACUGCAAUUGGCUAGCUAGUAAAACAUGACGAUUCAAUCUACGAGUUUUUUACCUUAAAAAAAUCUCUCUUCACCUCUUAAACUUGGGCGUGCCGCCUGUAAGCCAAGAGGGAGAGGAGAGAAUAAUCCACUGAAUUAUCCAAACUAACAUAGCGCAUGAAAACUGCAAUUGGCUAGGUAGUAAAACAUGAUCGAUUCAAGCUACGAGUUUUUUUACCCUUGAAAAAAAUCUCUCUUCAUCUCUUAAACUUGGGCGCGCCGCCUGUAAGCUAAGAGGGAGAGGAGAGAAAAAAUUACUGAAUUAUCCAAACUAACAACGCAUGAAAACUGCAAUUGGCUAGCUAGCUAAAACAUGACGAUUCAAUCUACGAGUUUUUUACCUUAAAAAAUCUCUCUUCACCUCUUAAACUUGGGCGUGCCGCCUGUAAGCCAAGAGGGAGAGGAGAGAAUAAUCCACUGAAUUAUCCAAACUAACAUAGCGCAUGAAAACUGCAAUUGGCUAGGUAGUAAAACAUGAUCGACUCAAGCUACGAGUGUUUCAAUUUAAAUAUUUCUCUCUUCACCUCUUAAACUUGGGCGUGCCGCCUGGAAGCCAAGAGGGAGAGGAGAGAAAAAUUUACUGAAUUAUCCAAACUAACAUAGCUCAUAAAAACUGCAAUUGGCUAGAUAGUAAAACAUGAUCGAUUCAAGCUACGAGUUUUUUACCGUUGAAAAAAAUCUCUCUUCACCUCUUAAACUUGGGCGUGCCGCCUGUAAGCCAAGAGGGAGAGGAGAGAAUAAUCCACUGAAUUAUCCAAACUAACAUAGCGCAUGAAAACUGCAAUUGGCUAGAUGGUAAAACAUGAUCGAUUCAAGCUACGAGUUUUUUACCCUUGAAAAUAAUCUCUCUUCACCUCUUAAACUUGGGCGCGCCGCCUGUAAGCUAAGAGGAGAGGAGAGAAAAAAUUACUGAAUUAUCCAAACUAACAACGCAUGAAAACUGCAAUUGGCUAGCUAGCUAAAACAUGACGAUUCAAUCUACGAGUUUUUUACCUUAAAAAAACCACUCUUCACCUCUUAAACUUGGGCGUGCCGCCUGUAAGCCAAGAGGGAGAGGAGAGAAUAAUCCACUGAAUUAUCCAAACUAACAUAGCGCAUGAAAACUGCAAUUGGCUAGGUAGUAAAACAUGAUCGACUCAAGCUACGAGUGUUUCAAUUUAAAUAUUUCUCUCUUCACCUCUUAAACUUGGGCGUGCCGCCUGUAAGCUAAGAGGGAGAGGAGAGAAAAAUUUACUGAAUUAUCUAAACUAACACAGCGCAUGAAAACUGUAAUUGGCUAGCUAGCUAAAACAUGACGAUUCAAUCUACGAGUUUUUCCCCCUUUAAAAAUCUCUCUUCACCUCUUAAACUUGGGCGUGCCGCUCGUAAGCUAAGAGGGAGAGGAGAGAAAAAUUUACUGAAUUAUCCAAACUAACAUAGCUCAUAAAAACUGCAUUUGGCUAGAUAGUAAAACAUGAUCGAUUCAAGCUACGAGUUUUUUACCCUUGAAAAAAAUCUCUCUUCACAUCUUAAACUUGGGCGCGCCGCCUGUAAGCUAAGAGGGAGAGGAGAGAAUAACCUACUGAAUUAUCCGAACUAACACAGGAUAUGAAAAUUGCUAUUGGCUAGCUAAAACACGAUCGAUUUAAGGAUCCGAGUUCUUUUUACUUAAAAAAUCUCUCUUCACAAAAUGCGUUCCUAUAAUCCAUUCCUUGAAAUUUGAAUCUGUAAAUCACUUUCGGUGAAAAUCUAACAUCGUGCAGAAAAUACUAAACGAGCUGGGCCCAGCGUGACAUAAAUUGAAGGAAACCAUCACAUUCACGGACAAAAGAAUAUCUCCUUUAGCUAUUCAGAUCCAGGAGGCACUUUGGAGAAGACUAAACAACCUAAAACUCUUAUUUAGCCGCAAAGGAAGAGAUUUACGUUUCAAAAGAGGUCGAAGAAAGUGCUCUUGCAUCAGAGGACAAAUCAUGCCGACCAGAAACAAUAACCGCAGAAAAUCAAUAUGCGUGUCAUGACCUCUCAGUAUGAAACAAGCGGCAAAUUCACAUUUACUCAUUCAAAGAGUAGAACCCAGAAUAUAAUAUACCCACCAGAGAAAACAAUUUUUGGAACAAGCAGCAUUUUGGCACGAGGUAAAAGUCGUGUGUUGCCUACCAGCCCCCUUUUUACACUCUGUUAGAUGGUUCGAGCAUUUUGGCGGGAUCACGGCUCUUUUGGCGCGUGUUGUAAAUGCCCUUUGAAUUAUAAUAUUUGUGCGUUAUUGUAUAGUGAUCGAGGAUAUACACAAUACCAAAGGCAAGUAAAUAUUUUCCUCUGUUUUCCUCAGUGUCGUCAAACCGGCUUCACCGAUGUGCUCGAACUCCGCAUGCGAGAGCCAUAACAAGCUUCUUCUCUACCUUUUAAAUAAUAAAGGUCUCUCUUACCUUAUAUCGGCGAAGACAGUUUCUGUCCUUCGGACAUAAUGCGAAAUAACAUCCAGAACUCUUCACGUUGAACUUUUGAAACCAUUUCGGCGACAAUAUGUAACUUACCAGGUAACGUACCGAAUAAUUAUUACUUUGGAGGGUUCGAAUUCGACCUUCAUAAAGCGCUAGAUUUUGCCUUUCGCUUAAGAAACGAAAAAAAUAUUUCUUUUUUUCCAAGACUUGCACCAAGACCCUUUUUUAACACCAACCAUGAAUUUAAGUAUUUUCAUUAAGUGAUUUUGACGAGAACCAUAGCUGAGUUAAAAUAUCUCGCUCCGAUGGUAUAAAUUCGGCGCGCAGAAGACAAGCUCUGAUAUUUGACGCAAAUUUGUGUCCUGUCCUAAAAUGAGUUUAUUGACAGAUGAACGGACAGAAAGCGAUUAAUGUGAACACCUGAGGUGCGUAAGGAAAUGUGUCAAGACUAACGCCUUGUAGUUACUUGAGUCCAGUUUGUGGGUAUCUCCAUGGAAAUUAAGGAUCCCUGGUGCGUGCACGAAAAUCGACCUUGCGGCUCGUAAUGCAGGUUGCACGUUUUUGCUGCCCGUUUUACCAUACACUCUUUUACAAGGACCAAAAUAAUUCUGAUGGAUGAAUCUGACAAUUGUGGAGUCAUAAUGUCAGUGAGCAACAGGGAAAACUUGGUCACGUGUUUCCUGUGAACGUGAUUCUAAACCCAAGUUAACCUUGCAGAUCGGGGCAAAGAGAACUAACGAUUCCAUGCCGACUAAAUUUUUAUAAAAACCAAACGAUAAAUCGAAAGCUUUUUGAUUACCCAAUUUAGCAUGUUUCAUGAAUUGUGAUCAUUUUCACUUUGAUGUGCAUAGGGGAUCGAGGAUGCCCACCAUUUUCAAAUGUCAUCUUAGUUUUUAAGUCAUUUGACGCUGAACGUCACACAGGAAAGUUUUGGAAUUUCCCGGUGACAUGCUACUAAAUUAACGCCAGUAUCGGCAGAUGCAGAUGACUUUUUUUAUGUGACAUUCGAGCUCGAGCUAAAAAAAUGGACUGGUUUGUAAAAAAAUUGUCCAAAAUGACUGAGGGAAUUUCUUUUUAUAACUUUGACACAACUUACUCAUAACCCUACGUAAUUAACUAGCUUACAAUAACGGAAUAUGUAUAAAAAAAAACGAUCUGAUCACCGCGUUCCUUGUGUGUAGCCAAAUUGCAUCCUGGUUGAACUACAGAAGAUGAACAAUUCGUUUGGAUUCAGUGUUGUGGUAAGUGUGUAUUCUUGUAGUGCUACAUAGUAAUUUAAAUUAGAAUUUAAAUCAGAUUAUAUGAAAACAAGAGUGUCCGAAAACUGAAAUCGUAGUGUUUAUAAUAGAUCUAUCCAGACCUUAUUUAUUUUUUAUCAGUUCUAUUUACUGCUAUGUGUGUUAUCCGACACACCUCAAGCCAAAACUCCAUCCGCAAGACCAGUUGUUGGUUUUAAUUGAUCGCAAAAAAUGAAAAGGCCAUAUAAUAAAUAACUUACUAACCUCGUCCGUUCGGCCAUUACGGGGAAAUCUCAGACCUCGGCCUUGAUGUGUUACAUCAAGGCCUCGGUCUGAGAUUCUCGUGCAUGUAAUGACCUCACUCUCAGUUAAUAAGUAGUAUAUAAUCCACUAACCCACUAAUUGUUAAACGGAUUUUUACCAGGGUGGUCCAGAUUUUGGAGGUAUUUUCGUGAAAACUAUCAACCCGCAUGGCGCAGCGGCCAUGGAUGGUAGGAUAGGCAUAAGUGACAGAAUAGUUGCCGUAAAUGGUGUCAACUUAACAGCCGCCAUAAGACAAGAGGUAUGUAGCAACACUGCCACACAAGGUGGGGGUUGGGGAACUCUCGCAGACGAUUAGAUCAUAAUAAACAAGUAAACGUCUCUUAUUUUAUCAGUCGGUGUUUCCUACGUCAGCCAUUUUGAAUAUAUGGUCUGAUGAUGCGAGGUCUGGAAUGGAGCUGUAUUGGGGAGCCGCUCAGACUUCUUUAUUUUUUAUUUUUCGUAAACGAUUGGAUCUUUCGAGAAUUUUCUGAUUUUCUGUCAUGAUGGCUUUUAAACAACAAUAUUAGAGAUCAGUGGCGCGUCUCUCGAAAGGCCCGGUAACUUUUCGGGCCCGAAGACAAAUUUUCAAAUCAAAACCUGUUGAAUAGUACCACAGUUCGUAGAUCACAAACCUGUCAAUUUCGCUUCAUUAACCGAUAGUUUCAUUGUAUUUUCAAAAUUAUUGAAACUAUGGUCUUGAAUGCAAACACAGCAAAUAUAAAACAGUUUUUCGGGCCCGAAAAGAUUCUGGGACAUUCGAGAAACAGGCUCCAGGCCACUCUCCAAGGAGUGAACAUACUAUAAACAGUAAUUUAGAUUUGAGCGAUUUUUGAUAAGCAAUUUUUUAAAACGAAUUUUAAAACAUCGGACAGACUUUUUGAAGUUUAGCCUGUUUUUUUCUGACCCACCCCUCAAUGUCAAUGACAACGAUAAUGAAUGAUAAUAAUAUUAAUAUCAACGUGAUAGAACUAGAUUUCAAGUUGACUGGAUGAAGAUGAAAGAAACAAAGACCAAGACGACUGAAAGCUAGCUAAAAAUAUUUUUAUUUUUUAAGGCGUCAAGCCCUAGAACCGCAUCUUGGCGCAUAGAAUGGAAAAAGAACAACAACUUUAUGAUCCUCUAGUCAGUUUUUGAAGAGAAGCUUAUGAGGCCUUUAAUUACUUUUAUUCUUUUGCCAUCAGAAAAUAAGCGACAUCUAAUUGAUGUAUUUUCGACAAAAAUUGCUAUACGUAAUCAAUGAUAUAUGCUUAUUUAGGCAGUUGACGCUCUCCGAAAUUCUCCAAUUAUCGCUCAGCUUGUCGUAGAAAAAUGCUCGGCUGAAGAUCACAUGACAAAUAGCAGCGGACCACCCACACCUCAAGAAUCAAGAUAUGGGGCUGUACACUAUAAUCAAUAUCAACCGGAAAACUAUAAUGGUAAGGUUUACAACAUAUGAUGAUGGAUGAUAAGGGAACAAAAACUUCCUAACGCUUGUAAAAUGCUUUAAAUGGGGGCAGAGGGUGGAGGGGGGCUGCGGGGGGGGGUCUCAUGACGCAUACGUUUGGCAUUACUAAAACGCAACCAUCAGUUCGAAGGGGACAGAUGGCGAAUUGAGCUUGUUAGCAAUAUCUAUAAGUCGUAAAUUAAAAAGUUCAUUGGUAUGAUGCCUAAAACCCGUGCAAUUCUACAACUGGUUUCGACUCCAUUACUGUAUUUAUUCGAUUUAAACGCCGCGGCGUUUAUUAAAUUUUUAGCGUUUCUUAUGCGGCGUUUAUUCGAGGCGGGAGUUAAUUUCGAAAUCACUUUCUUAAAUGACCGACAACAGUUAUUGUAAAUCGUUUGUAAAUAUUAUGUAAUUUAAAGGUUCCAAUGACUCCCUUAUUUUGCUGAGAUAGAAUCGUACUGUACUGAAGCGCACGUAGCAACUCCCCGGUAUGGCCGAAUACCCGUGCGACAACCAUAUCACCCGGGCAGUGGCAGCCAUGGACAGCUGUUUCCCCUUGUUAGGGCUCAUCAGCAUGGCAUAGCCGUCGGGUCAAUAAGCGGAGGUUAACCCGCGUAUCAAAGACCCUCGUUAACGUCUGGAUGGUGUAAAUUACCAAUUUGUACCGAGGUUUUUCUUAUUAUUCUUCUGAUUAAGUGCCAGCAGUGUUUAAUCGAGGGCGGCGUUUAUUGGCAAUUUUGCUUCCAUCUGCGGCGUUUUAUCGAGGGCGGCGUUUUAUCGAAUAAAUACAGUAAACCCCUCAUCUGUCAAUAUAUUAAAUUCUAGAAGCUGAUUGGUUAGAAGGAGUGUGUUAAUGGCAUCUUAUAACGCGAGCCACUUAUUAUAACUCUAUGGUCUCUUAAUCUUUUGCAAUAAUUUUAUAAAUUUAUCAGAGCCAUUACCGAGUUGUUUUAAGUUCAGAAAGCGUUUCUUUUGAGAUGCAGAGUUUAAAUAACUAAAAUUCAAAAGACUCCAUGUUUGUUAUUUACUGGCAAAUAAACGCACUAUAACUGGGUGUAGAAAGAAUUAGAAAUCUUCGUACUUCGCUCUGGUCACCUUUUUUAUAGCAUUUGAAUUCUUCUUUCAUUCUAGAACCAGUUUACGCAAGGGAAUUUACCAAAAGUCCUCAUACUGAAAAUUCAUCGGUACGGUUCGGUCGGAGGUGAUAUCAAUAGAUUGCUAACAGUCUGUUGCCAUCAGGUUUAAAUGUUUCAUUCCCCUUAGGUAUUAUUUGUGACUAUUCUUGGUAUAUAUUGCAGAUUACAAUAUGGAUGAUCUACCAUUUGAGGUCUAUCUAGCCAAAGGCCAGAAUGGCCUGGGGAUGAGCCUUACGGGCGGAGAUAGUGGAGGUACAGGGUCUAUUAAGUUCUAAUUAAAACAUCAACAUUUUUAUUCAAUGAAACGGUUAUUGUUGCGAUUGCAUGCUCUCUUGGUGUUUUAAAUAUUUGAAUUGCCUUUUAGAAGUUGCUAAGAGAAAAUGUCGAGUUCUAAACAACAUUUUAUUUUCAAUCAAAGAGGCUUGUGCUGCUGUUAAAGUUUUUCAGUCAAAAGAAAGUUCAGUAGAGUUUCUAACUUACCAGAAACCCAACUAGAAAAACGUCUGUAAAAGUCAACAUAUACUAAGUCUUAGAACGAGCCUAGGAGGUGCUGUUCUCACCCAGUCCCCACAGAUUUGCUCGGUCAUGAAUUUGCCAUGUCUCGAAAUCAACAUUGAAGGGGAAAAGGCGAAGAGAUCUGAAUGGCCGCACGUUAACGUAAAAGUUGAACCUCGCUCAGCUUUUACGUUUACACACGACCUUUCGUACAUUUCCUCUAUUUUAUUUGCACAAGUAAAUUUUUUACGCGCGUUAAAGCACGUAUUCUAAAAAUUACGCGACAGUGGAAUUCCACCCUAAAGAGUGUUUUCUACAUGUAUGAUUGUUAUUAAAGGUCCAAUUUACAUUAAGAAGUUGGUUCCGGGAGGUUCAGCUCUUUUGUCAGGACAGCUUCAAGUGAACGACAUCAUCCUUCAAGUGAACAACAAGAAUGUGGAUCAAAUGAGCUAUAGAGUAAGAAUUUCAAUUACGGACAUUCGUCUUGAAAGACACAAUAGAGCAGCUUAGCAGCGUGGCCUCCUGCCUUGGGGUCACUCAUGGCGGGAAGAAAAACAGUGGCUAAUCAAGCAUCGAUUGUGCUUUUUUUUGUCUCCCUGCACAGUAUGUUAAGCCACUCUAAUUUCACUAGACUUCUUCGGUGUCGCGACAAAAAGCCAAGCUGGUACUCGGCUAACAUAAAAAAAUGGUGGCUCACAACGCUGUAUUUUUACAAUCUUUCGAGGAGACAUUUGUUGGGUUGAGAUGGUUUUAAAAACUCAAAGAACAUUCAGAACUGAACAUUUUAGGCACAUUUCAAAAAUAUUUUGGACUAGAGAUCUGGGUCGGGUUGCAUAGAAAGCAUACUAAGCUGAUUCAGCAACGGAACGGGAACGCGCGGAAACGCGACUUCCGGUGCCCAAUUUACCUCUCUGCCAUUGGUCAAGCCAGUUGUUUGAUUUGCGCGCGUCGUUAAUUGACGUUUCCGUUCUGCUGCUAAAACAGCCAACAAGAUAAGAGGGCUCUUAGCUUUUGUUAAUUCUGAAAUAAUUGUUACAAGUUCCAUUAAUCUUAAGAUGUUUUGUAUCAAUUUAGGUUUCUGGGAAACUGCCCACCUACCCCUCCCCUAAGCCAUCAUUUUGCCCUAAGUGAGAAGUAAGUGAUAAUGUGGGCUUUGGGGAGGGGUAGGUGGUCAGUUUCCCAGAAACCCUAAAUUGAUGCGAUGUUUUUACAGCUCGGGUCCUUUAAUUAGCUAUUCGAAUCCUGAGUUCUACGAACUUUUUCAGAAAUCAUUGAAAUUUGCCACUAAUUUUUUGGUGUAUCCCCUACAGGAAGUCCUUUCUAUUCUUCGAAACUGUCCAUCGGAAGUUCGACUGCUAAUUCAAAGGCCGCAGGUGUCAUCACAUCCUCCCUACCCGGGGUACCGUGGGGGCAGCGACCGAGCAAGUGUGGACAGCUAUGGAAGCUACAGCAGCAUGUCAAGUAUUUUUUAAAUUAGCUUAGAGAUUAAUUUCGUUGAUAUAUUUCUUAGAAUAGUAGAAUUUCCAGUGAAAGAUCAAGUACAGUGUAGAACAUCUAUUAACGUGGCAGAUCAUUUCCUUUUCAUAACAAUCCAUGAAUGGAAUCGAUCGAUAGCGAUGAUCUUAGCAGAGUAUUCAAGUGUGAAUUUUAAUAAAAUUUGUCGAAACAUUAAAUUUUUCAUGAACUUGGCAAAAAAUGAAUAAAAACUUGUGUAGCAACAGGGCAGAACCUGUUUAUAUUAGUACCUUAUUUCAAGAUAUAUUUGUUUUCCUUUAUUAGAAGACCCUCGCAUAGAUUAUUUUUGUUCGGAGGGCGUAGGUAGUAUAUAGCGGGGUUUUGUGUCAAUAGUUGCCUUGGCAGUAAAAGUGCCAAGCCAGGGGAACAUUAACAGCUCUAAUUUUCUGUGAGUAAGUUGUUAACCAAAGGCUUUUAUCCUAUUCAGACCUGCUCACUUUAAGGAUAUACUAGUCCUGUAGAGGCAAAGCAAUGAAACUUUUUAAAUACUUAGGUAUAAGCACUUCAAAAAUGCUUAGAGCCUGCGUAGCAGGCGCCGGUCUCAAGAUUUCUUCCUUCGCCCUAACAACACCUGCCCCCGCUACGCAGGCUGGAUGCAUAAGGUAAAACCUUUUAACUGGGAACCGUUGACCUAGUUUAUUGAAACUUGUAUUACGAUUCUGUCAUCAUGGGAAAUAAAAAUGUGCAGAUUUGAAUAUAUCUAGCAAAGACAGCAAAGAUGCAUGAUGGUAAUCAUUUUCCUUUAUGCAAAGAAGGCAGAGUUAUUAAAAGUUCAAAAAAAAAAACAGAAGCAGGGCAACAUCGUUUCGUCUCCGCGCCGCUCCUGGUCUAGCAAGGUACGAAAAUCAAAUGUUAUAUUUCCAGUUUCUGUAAAGUUUUAUGAAUUCGAGGUUUAGCAUAGUGAUGAUUAUAGAGUUUUAAAGUGAUGACGUCAUAAAAAUUUAAAUUCAUGAAAUUAUGGGAUUUGUCGGGAUAUUCUGAAAGGACAAUAUCUAAAGAGCCUGCAUGGCUAAAAGUAGCAUUUCGGGGCCAAAUUGUCUCUCGAUAUAAGCCCAGUUAUGCUCUGAUCACUCCAAAUUUGCCCGGCAAUUUGCCCGGGUGGAGACACCGGAGCAUAACUGGGCUAAUAUCUCAGAGACAUUUUGCACGGAAUUCCAUAGUUUUUGGCAAGUAGGCCUUUUGGAUGUGAUUCUUUUAGAAUGCAUGUCCCAGCAAAUCCCAGAAUUUCACAAAUUCAAUUUUUUAUGACCUUACACUUUGGGACUCUUUGUUUCAACCAUGACUGCUUCCUUUUCUACCGAUGGCGCAUGUCAGUUUUAUUGUAUUUUAGCAAUUGAGGAGACUGAUUUCAUGUUAAAAGGAUUGGUCGUCGUUCUUUGACAGUGGUCAAACGAGGAAAGUGCAAACACAUAGCAAUUAAGUACCGUGUUCCAAUGUUCAAAUUUCGAUAAAUGAUUAAAAAGGAAUGCAUUGACUGUUUUCUGUACUCUUAAUUGCACGUGUUUGCACUUUAUGGUCUAAACAACAUUGAGUUAUUUGUCCAUAGUUGAGGCACCGUUUUACUAGGUUUAAAGGGUACGGUGUUAAAAGAUAAGUUUUUGUGCUGAUCUUAAGUUACAACAAACCUAGCGAGUCGUAAUAAUAUGAAUUAUACUGAUUUUAAAGCCUUUUUGUGCGAGUACUCUGUGCCCAAAUGCAUUGCUUUAUGAGAGGGCCUGGGGAGGCGAGGAAAUUCGGAACGCUACAAACCAAGAGAUACAAAAAUAAUGCAUGCUAUUUGUAAGCAACCUAUUGAUGCCAGAAAUUGAGGAUGUUUAUUGUACAUAGAGGGAAAAAGAUCGUAGCACUAGGAAGAUUUCGGACCGGGUGGAUUAUCCUAGCGUUAUACAGUUUUACACAGGUAACAAAGAGAACAUGGUAUCGAGGAUCGAUUCGUUAGUCUCCCCUAAAAAAGAACCUUUAAAACCGACCACUUUUAAUUAAAAACAUCUUUUUUGAAUGGGUUUCUUGUUACCCACCCCGGAUAAGUUGUCUCGCAUAUAAACCAACGACAAGAUGUCCAGCCUUCUGGGAUCUUCCUCGUGCUUGAAUCUUCCUUCCGUCCAUGUAAACAGUACUCAAGACUACAACAAUCGGAUGCAAUUGUCUUUAACGUGUCCGAUAAGACAGAGCUAAAUGACAGCUAGAUACGCGUGUUAUAUUUAUUUAGUUUUAUUGUUUUUUUUUCUUUCUUGCUUUUUUAAUUUUGUAUGUUAUUACAUUCAUAGCCGUAAUAAAAUAUUUUGAGAUAAAGAAUACUAAAAUGUACAACCUGUUAUUUAUUUCUUAUACCCGCAAGAUGCACACCGUUGUUCUGUCGUUUUUUCCCUUCCCUGUGAUCUAAAUGCAGUGACUAUUUAUAAAACUCUUUUUUCCCAACGUCAGUCCUCUUGAUAGCAUGAUCUCUUUAACCAGCAUAGUUUUUGGCCCAUCUAAAAACUUGACAGAAUUUUAAAAGGUUACCAUCAUCGCUUACAACCGGUUCCUGCCAUGUGGCAUAUCCACAUUACAGCUAGUGAAGCCUUUUUUAACCCGCCUUUAUCUUGGAACUAGGGAACUUCAACUGUGUAAUGGUUUCUCAAUGAACUUUAAGACGAAUUGAACAAAAAUUUUGCAUCUCCUUUCUACAGAAAUAGUUACUAACCACAUUUUCCUUUCAAAAAGUAAGGAUCCCUCCUCAAAUUCUCACCCCUGGAUACACAUAACAAACUGAAUGUGGCUGAUUAGCCUCACAAAAAGGUAUAAAUUUUACACGGUAACUAUUGUUACAACAAAAGUAUUCUUUAUGAUAUUUUUCAGUUAUGUGAUACAUCGUUACCCCCUCCUAAAUUUAUUUUCAAUUUGUAGUAUUUUGGGAUAAUAUUCGACUAUGUCCUGCAUGGAGAUGAAUAAUUUUGCUGAAAAACUUCGCUUCGUCUAAAUUACAACGCUUUUGGGAGAUAAAAUCUGUUGGCAGAAAAGACUGAGCCUUUUCACAUGACGUCCCCCGAAGCUGGUCCUCCAUGUUGGUGUCCAAAGAAAAUAAAACGGUGUCCACGUUGGUGUGCCAAACUAGUCUUUUCUUAUGUAAACGCUUCCUUUUGCGACUAAUUAUAAUGAAUAGCUGCCAGCCACGUGAAUGUAAAAGAUGUCGUGAAUCGGUCUUCGAAAUUUGUGAUCGGCACGUGACUUUAAGGUUGGAUGUAACUUUCCAUGGCCACUGCUUGGCAUCUAAUAAUUAUCAAGCUGUGCCGACAAAGAGACUAGAGAAAGGUGUUCAAAACUUCUUUUUCAUAGCUGUUCAUCAGAACUACAGGGGUGAACCAUGUGAACAGCAACUUUAUUAGUUGUAGGUUUUGUUUAUUAUUUAAUGAGGUACCGUAACAUUUGACAGCGAAAAAACUGCUAAACUAUAUGACCCUCAAAAGUAAGUAAAUAAAUGUACUAAGUAUUCCAAACUCGGGUAAAUGGGAUAACCCCUUUUUGCGAAAGUGUCUUCCUUUCUUUACAGAUUUUUAAUAGGCCAAAGAUUAAAUUCUUUGCUAGCGUGUUCUUCGACAUUUUACCACCAUCGGUUAGAUAGGUUGCUGUGAGUCAUAGUAAAGCAGGUUGAGAGCGGCUGGGAGCAUUUAGUUCAGAUAAUUAGUCUUUUAAGCUAAAUCUCGUGAAUACUGUUCAGCACUUUCAGUAACAGGUGGUGAGCUCAAGAACGAUGUUGAAGAACGCCCUUUCUGUCGCGUUGCUGCUGUCUGCUACUGUUUCAGUAGGUACGACGUACGUAAGGUGGUCUCAUUUGUCAGGGGCACCCAACAAGAAUGUAGUUCAAAACCACUUAAACAUAGAAUUGUUAAACGUAUUUUAGUAUUUAAACGGUAGAUAUAGGCAUAUUUUUAUCCCCUAAAAAUUUUUCAUCUGUUCGGAUUUCCUAGCUGAAAGUCUAGUGAUCCGAAAAUUAUAGGGAUCAAAACUUACCUUUUCGAAAAUUUCAGCCAGGAAAAAGGCUCCCGAAAAUUCUAGGUGACCUUUUUAGGGUAAAAAUCCGUUAAAAAAGGGCAAUUAUACCAUUUUUUAGAUGUUCGAAAAUCCUAGGAGAGACAGGCAAGCAAGAAAUUUUACAACAAAUGUUCCGAAAAUUCUAGAUCUCAAAUCGUCUUCCGAACAGAUAUUUUCCGAAAAUUGUCGUUGGGUGCCGGCUGAUUUGUCUCUUUAAGGCUUUCACUGCCAAAUGUAGCCAAAGACAAAUUUCGACCAGAUUUUCAAAUUUCAUUUUGUAAAAUUUUGAAAAACAAAUAGCACCAUGUGUAAGUACAGGCAGAGAGCUUUCAUUUGAAUGGUCACAUCAUAGGAUUUCGUCCACAGACUGAAAAGUUAGAGUCACCUGACAAAACUCCAUCAAACACUCUGGCAGUGAAGGGGUUUAAGGCUAUGUUCACACUGCACCGGACAGCUUUUGCGCCGGCACGAAAACCAUACCGGAUAGGGCUUCUGUUCAAACAUAAGAACGGUGAUUUUGGCGCGAUUUCAGUGUAACGGAGUUAAGCUGCGCUGUGCGGAUCUCUAAAGUGGAGAGUCACAUAUGGGAUGGGUGUUCAUAUGAUAUCGGAUAGCUUUUUGUGUCGGCGCAAAAAGCUACUAUCUGCUAUAGUGUGAGCAGUAGGUUAAGUCAAAGAAAAAGGGCGAAUAUAGUUUGGGAGAAAACGUUUUAUGUCCGUUGCUGUCGACAACAACUGCGUCGUAAAUGUACUUCGUAUAAAGGGGAAAAAAAUAGCGCUUGGUUAAUUAAAGUCAAGCGCACAGGUCAAGCGAUUUAUGGUAGGAAUUUUGCUUCAUAAAUGUACGGUCAAACGGGCGCAUAAAACGUGCAACUUGUUUUGCAACAUACAAUGCUGCAAAACGAGAUGAAAAUUAAGGGAUGUUGCGCGUUUUACAGAUCACGAAAACCUUGCCACCUUAUAUUGUUGGAAGACAGGUUCGAACGUCCUUGGUAACACGCGAAACAUCGCUAGUCAACUCGUUUUGCAGCAAUGUUGCAAAACAAGUUGCAGGUUUUUUGUUCCCAGUUUACUGAGCUUUACGGCGAAACAAGGAAUUUUUCAGAAAAAGGCACCGCAGGUUUCCAUCCUUCUCCGUCUCUCAUAUCGUUUCCCGAGAGUAAUUGAGAUAAUUUUUUUAUUCCCAUCAAAAGUUAAGUUUGAUGAAGUAAACAUCUUGAUUGUUCCGCAAUCGUUGGACCAACUGCGCUCGCGUGUGGUAAAAAUAGAGAAAAACAGUGAAUUUGGUUUGCAAAAUUAGUACCUCUGUCAGGUAUGGCUAUUUUUUCUGCAUUUUUUUCUAAAUUUUUCUAUUUCGUUUUUUAAUAUUGUAGUUCGGUUAUACUCACGUGCAGGUAGCUUGGCCCUGUGUUGUUCAACAACAACAAUAAAAAAAAACUUCCUGGCAACAUAUAUUCUUGUCACUAUAGAAGAAUUUUGAUUUUGCACAGUUUUUCUUUGAAAUCACAAGUGACACUUCACUUUUUCUUAUCAAGCCAAAAGAAAAGCGAUUUUCGGAUUAUUGAAAGGACAUAGGACCAUAACACUAAAGUGCCAAAUAUUUUGGAGAUGAAUUUACGAGUGUUAAAAACUUGAAAUUGGAUGUUUUGAGAGUCGAUAUGGGCUCAUCAACAAUUCAAUCCAAUCUUCCCUCCACAUGGGGUGUUUAAAUAUUAAAAACGCCUUCUGAAAAUGACUCCCUUUGCAUUUUGAAAUAGCCAUCUGCGAUCCUAAUAGCACUGGAGUUAUUUAUACUAAUUGUAAGCAACAUCUUUCAUUUGUAAAUUGACCUAGAAAAAAAAUGACAGUAAUUUAAUAAAAAUAAACAGUAGCUGUUAAACUUUGCAAACAAACAGAUGGUUUGGAUUGGACAGAUUCGGUGUUACGAGAUCAUCUCACAGACAUCUGAUAAUUUUGUUUGUGCAUGGAAAGCUUAACGUUCUUGCGACCUGCCUGGCAUGUACUGGAGCCUGACUCGUCUCCAUUGGUCUCUCAGUCUUCUGUACGAGAAAAGCGCAAAGGAGGGCUCAAGCAUUUCCCUUCACCCCCCCUUUUCCCUACGGCCACGACUUCUCGCGUUCCGUCCCCCGCGUGCGAUUCCCGAGUCCAAAUAAAGGCGACUGCAGACGAGUCAGUUUUGGAGCCAUAAGACGACGAUCCAAUCAGACUUGAAACAUGGUCGAGAGACGCUACAGCAUCAGUCGGUCUGGUUUACUCACACUUUUUUGAUCACCACUUUAUUUAUCAGCACUGAAGCACACGUAUUAAAUCUGCGCUAUGGCCGCGGUAUGCAUACAACCAUAUCACCCGGGCAAUGGCAGCCAUGGACCAAUGAACGGUCAAAUCCGAGCAUCAAAGGCCCUUUAUUUAGGCACACAGUUCAAUUUAGCUGAUCUCAUCUCCAUACGCAUGCCGCGGGAGUGAGUGUUGCGUUUCCCAACCAGCUGCUAUCACAUGUGUACUGUGAAGAGGGCGCUUAAACUGUAGCUCUUGCACUCGCCUCGGUAGGUCAAGGAGGGGCCAAUGUUUACAAUGCUAAUGAGACUUACUUAGGACGAAAAAGCUGACCAUGGCUCCUUCUGCGCGGGUGAAAAAUUAGGAAGCUUAAGCAAUCACGACGGCAACGGCAGAGAAAACGUCACUUGGAAAGGGAGUUCACGCUUUUUCAAACUUUACUACUCUUCUUCCAUUUCAUAUAACUUGAUUUUUAUUGAGGAAUUCUUCUGGACUUGAUUCUAUAGGACCAGAAACCCACAAUGAGUUUCUGAUAGGACUUUAUCUAUUAAAGUUCAAAAUAAGAAAUCGUUACCUUGCAUUUGCGUUCACGUUGUCCAUAAAACGUAAAACUAGGAGGUUUCUGGGUGUCUAGAAAACGACGACCUAGAAAACGAAGACCUACAACCCAUAAAACGACUACCCAGACCGUAGUCGUGCAACGACGGCAAAGAAAUGUACAAAAAAGCGUGAAACAAUAAUGAUUAUUAUUGGUCUGAGUAUCGUAUAACACCCUCUGAGAUCUCCAUAAUUCUACAGAUGAUACGAAAGCCGAAUUCAAUAAUUGUUUAGGCAUUCAUUCAAAAGAAUUUCUUGUUUAAAAUGCUUACCUCCAUCGAUGUUAAGUUCAUCUUCAAUUGCCUGCUUAUUGGCAAGUUUAGGAGAUAAAGAGUUGUUCAGCCCUGCAAAUAUUCUCCAAAUAGCCAUGAUAGUGGAUGUCGUCCGACGAGUUGUAUUCUUGCUCUUAGUUGCUACGUUUUUAGCCAAUAGUUCGCACAUUUCUUUCUCGCGAAACGAGUGAAAUGUUCCGCCAUUUUGUACUCACUACCAAAACUGAAUCUCGUUCCCAGGUCUUCUCGGUUAACUGUUCAGUUUUCAGGCAAAAUGCUGUAGAAUAGGACAAUUGCACGAUGACGACGUCUGACUAUUCUGGUAGUUGUAGUAAGACUUCGUCAUCAUGCAAUUGUCCUAUCGACGUCAUUUUUCACGUAUCGUAAAUUCUUCCAAAUUUAGUCAACAGUUGCUGCUGGGUAUGAUGAAAUAUGCGUGGGAUUUAAGCCAAUUAGAAACGGAUAAAUAUUUUGAAUGAACAAAUGAAUGAAUAAUAAAUAAUAAUAAUAAUAAUAAUAAUAAUAAUUAACAACAAUAAACAAUGAUAAUGAUGAUCAAUAUAAUAAUGCGAAGAGCUUUUGCGUUUCAUUAUCUCCACAGCAUAUUCCUUGAAGUGCUAUAUGUGCCCAGGUGACCAAAGCGUAGAAGAUUGUGACAAAGACAAAAGUGAAAUGAAUUGUACAGACGCUACACCGGUCUGCGUUAAAGCAGACGCUGAUCGAGAGAGUGGCAAAAAGAUUAGAUGGCGAGCAUGCAUGCUAAAGACGAUGUGUGAAGAUAUCGAGAAAAAGUGCAAGGAC